CACCCAGGUUGUAGAUGGAAGAUGGACUACGGGAAGGAGAGAGUGGUGGCGUUAGUCGACAUGGACUGUUUUUAUGUCCAGGUUGAACAGCGACUGAAUCCAGCUCUGAAGAACACACCUUGCGUGGUUGCUCAAUACAAGACGUGGAAGGGAGGCAGUAUCAUAGCUGUGAGCUAUGAGGCUAGGGCCCACGGUGUCACCAGGAACAUGUGGGUGGAUGAUGCCAAAAAGCUGUGCCCAGAUCUCCAGGUGGCCAGAGUGCGUGAGUCUCAUGGGAAGGCAGAUCUAACUCAUUACAGAGAAGCAAGUGUGGAGGUGAUUGAGGUGAUGUCUCGUUUUGCUGUGAUUGAGAGGGCCAGCAUUGAUGAGGCCUACAUGGACUUGACAGCAGCUGUCCAGGAGAGGAGGAAAAAAAUGACAGAUCAACAGAUUGACCCGUCCCUUCUCAGGACUACCUACGUUCAAGGCUAUCCACAAAGUGACCUGGAACCAUUUAUGGGGGACGACUCCAACCAAGUUGAUGACCCUGUCUUGAAUAAAGAGCAGAGAAGAUCCAGAGGGGUUGAGCAGUGGUUGGCGUUCUUACCUGCUCCGUCCACAGGAGAGCAGAGCUCGGCAGAGCUGCAGCUAACUGUCGGUGCGCUCAUUGUUGAAGAAAUGAGAGCAGCUGUAGAGAAACACACAGGCUUCCGAUGCUCAGCAGGAAUUUCACACAACAAGGUUUUGGCUAAACUGGCCUGCGGUCUUAAUAAACCUAACAGACAAACGGUUGUACCUUUGGACUCGGUGACUGAACUGUUUAGCACUCUGCCUAUCGGAAAGAUCCGUAACCUGGGGGGCAAGAUGGGUGCGUCAAUAAAAGAAGCUCUGGGAGUUGACAACAUGGGAGACCUCACUCAGUUCUCUCAGGCUCAGCUGGGGCAGCACUUUGGAGAAAAAACAGGCCAGUGGCUGUAUGACCUGUGUCGGGGGAUUGAGUUUGAAGCUGUGAAACCCAGACAGCUCCCUAAAUCCAUUGGCUGCAGUAAGAACUUCCCUGGAAAAACAUCACUUGCUACAAAAGAGCAGGUGCAGUAUUGGCUUCAUCAACUGGCCCUUGAGUUGGAGGAGAGGCUGACCAAAGACAGAGAAGCUAACGGUCGAGUGGCAAAAUUAUUGACAGUAGGCGUACGUCAGCUUGGUGAUAAGAGGCCCAGCAGCUUCUCUCGAUGUUGCGCUUUGGUGCGCUAUGAGGCGACCAAAAUAUCCAGUGACAGCUUUGCCAUUAUCAAGAGUCUGAACACAGCAGGAAACCAUCAGGCUGCAUGGACGCCACCUCUAACUUUGCUCCACAUCUCGGCUAGUAAAUUCAGCGAUGCUCCAUCCACUGGGGGGAUCGCUGGCUUUCUGUCCAGUGAUGUCAGCUCAACUCAGAGCCUGCUCUCUGCUACUCAGACCCCCUCUCAACCACAGGGGUCUUUGUGCAGUCAGCCUGGAACUAUACAGUCCUUCUUUCAAAAAGCCACUGGGAAGGAAAAACAAGCUAGAGAGGAUAAAGAAGAAGACAAUAACUGUGUAAGCUCAAAAGAGGGAUCUUCCCCUGAGAGUACUUUCAACCUCAAAAUCAUCUCGGAGAAACCCCGUUCUGGCAUCUCUUCAUUCUUUCAAAAGAAGAGCCUCGAAAGAAGCUUUAAAUCACCUGCCUUACCGCCAACGUCUGGAUCAGAACCUGAAAUCAUACCUUUAGACCACAAUAAAGACUUAGAAGCUGUCACAGAGUAUAAACCACAUCAGCUACAAUUUGACGAUGCAAGGAUGAAAACAGAGAAACCAGAAGAAAAUACCCAACCUACCAGCGUGCUUGAAGAAGAUCUUACAACUUGUGAACGUUGUCAUAAACAAGUACUAGUCUGGGAAAUGCCUGAACACAAUGAUUAUCACUUUGCCUUGGACCUUCAAAAUUCACUGUCUUCAUCCAGUAAUUCAGCAGCUUCCUCUUCCACCUCCUCCUCUUUCUCAGAUGCGUUGCUGACUCCUCUUAGAGCAGGAGUCUCAGCACAGUCUUCACGGGGCAAAACAAAAACCAGAGGCCAGUCAGGCCCUGCUCCAAAAAGACAGCGCUCCCAAGGACAAAGUACCGGCACUCUGGAUUCAUUUUUUAAAAAGAACUGAAGACAUAAAUGGACCAAAAUUAAUUAAAAAUAUUCAAGUAAUUGAGCUACAAAAUGCUUGUAUAAAGAACCACUCCAGCAAAAUGACUCAUGCAUUAAAGCAAGAAGUUUGGAGUAAAUAAAUGAUUUAUUCUGGAUCAUGUUUUUAUUUUU